CCAGCCGCACAAGCGGUGGGAUCCAGCCCUGCCUGUCCUUGGGAACUGACGAUUGGAUGGUUCUCUAAUUCCGCCUGAAUCGUGCGUUGUUGGUUGGUGGUUGUGGGCUGACGCGCUGCUCCGGGCGGGUGUGUGUGUGUGUGUUCGUGUCGCCGCUGUCACCAGCACAUGCGAGGGGCUGCAGCGGAGAAGCAAGUCAGCCGCUCUGUCUGUGUGUGUGUGUGAGAGAGAGAGAGGCAGAGAGACAGAGAGAGCGUCUACUCACUCCCUCUAUAAAAGGGAAGAAACCCUCUCCGUCGUCCUCCGUCCGCCUGGUGUUUUUCUCCAGACCAGAACAGCGAGUAAACACCGACCUUCCGCUGGCACAGAAGUUAACAGCCGGACAUUUUAUCAGCAACUUCGAUUCACCUUGCACCGUCGGCUGCGAAUCCCAGAGAGAGGGAGAGAGAACGAGAGCUUUCGUGCUAUUUCCAGACAGCGGCCGAUUGAAAUACCACAAGGCCGGUGUGUGUGUGUGUGUGUGUGUGUGUGUGUGGAGGCGCCGUGCGAGGGUGGAGAGGACUCUCUCUCUCUGCCGCUGGAAACUCAUCGUUUGCAAUCAAAUUCUAGGCUCGUCUUUCAAGAUCAUCGCAACACAUCUGAUAAGCGAUCGUGUUUGAAGGUGGGGGGAGAGACCAAAAAACCCUCUCUCCACUCCACACACACGCAAGCUCAUCCACUCUCGCUACUCUGCCGAGCGGGGAGAAGAUUCGAAGGGUUUUGCGAUAAAUAAAUAAAAAGAAAAAGCAAGCAUACGAAGGUAUCAUGGUGAACAACGGGAACUCGCAGACGCCCUCAGCCGGCGUGAACCGCGCGGGUUUGGCCUGGAAGACGUGCGCUGGCUGCGGGGGUAAGAUCGCCGACCGCUUUCUCCUCUACACAAUGGACACCUACUGGCACAGUCGCUGCCUCAAGUGCUCCUGUUGUCACGCUCAACUCGGGGAAAUCGGCACUUCUUGUUACACCAAGAGCGGGAUGAUCCUGUGCCGGAACGAUUACAUCAGAUUGUUUGGGAAUAGCGGAGCGUGCAGUGCGUGCGGCCAAUCGAUCCCAGCCAGCGAGUUGGUCAUGAGAGCACAAGGCAACGUCUAUCAUCUCAAGUGCUUUACCUGUGCCACCUGCCGAAAUCGUCUCGUCCCCGGAGACAGGUUUCAUUAUAUCAACGGCAGUUUGUUUUGUGAACAUGACAGACCAACAUCUCUUAUCAAUGGACAUUUGAAUCCGCUGCAGAGCAAUCCUCUACUAUCUGAUCAGAAGGACAUAACAAAGUGCAAAGUUGUCCAUUUGUAACAGAGAGAGUGUACGAAAAGAAUAAAUAAAAAACAACAUAUGCCAACAUAUAACAAGACAACACCAAUGAAAGAAAAAUGAGAUACUAAAAAUAAUCCCUCCCCAGUCACUGCCAGUGAGCAUAUGCAAAUAUCAGCCUGUCGCAACAAUAAUCCACGAUAAAUGAAUGGGUAGACUGUUAUGGUGUUAAACUGUGCUUGAUGAUCAUGGGAUGAUUUUAGGGAACUGUAAGGCUUCUUUAAUAAACUGUCGUACAGCAGCCAUUUGUUCGGGUCAGGCUAUCUUGUAAUCCAGUGCCCCUUGUAUCAGGCUGCCAAAUAGCCAACGCCUGGCAGUCCAUGAUUAACCCCUAAGUUAGUCAUCUGCUCUCUUUACUUCAACUUUAGACCUUAGAGAUACAGCGCGGACACAGGCCAUCCGGCUCACCGAGUCCAUGCUGACCAGCGACCACCCCGCACACAACCAUUACCCUACACAUUGCGGGCAGCUUAGAAUUUUACUGACGCCAAUUAACCUACAAGCCUUGCACGUCUGUGGAGUGCGGGAGGAAACCGGAGGGAAACCAGAGCUCCUGGAGAAAACCCAGGCAGGUCACGGGGAGAAUGUACAAACUCCGUACAGACAGCACCUGUAGUCAGGAUCGAACCCGGGUUCUCUGGCGCUGCAAGCGCUGUAAGGCACCAACUCUACCGCCGUGCCGUGCCGCCCCAAAUUUGGGAGAGGUGUACCGCGCUCUCUUGGAAGAUCUGUGCCACUCCUGAUUUAAGUUGUAUUGGUAUUCAGAGGGAUGUACUGGUGUAUCCUUUUAAACUUUUCCUAUCCAUGUACCUGUCCAAAUGCCCCAUAACCUGAAACCCCGCAGUACAUCAAGACCGUAAAAACUAGCUCGGGCAUGAUGGUGGUGACCCAGUAGGUUGUCUGGCCCAAUCCCACUGACCUCCAUCAGCCUGGUCUGCUCUGGUGCAAUGUUGACCAAGGUGUAGGGUCCACUUGGUCAUUCCAGGGAGGUGGUUAAGGACGGAGAGAGUGAUCAGGAGUACCAGUGGAGUGGGGGCAAAUAGAACCACAGGAUCUCGUCCCACACCUUAUGGCAGCCCGGUGGCGCAGCGGUAGAGUUGCUGCCUUGGAACGCUCGCUGCGCCGGAGACCCGGGUUCGAUCCCGACCACGGGUGAUGUCCGUACGGAGUUUGUACGUUCCCCCCGUGACCUGCGAGGGUUUUCUCCGAGAUCUUUGGUUUCCGCCCACACUCCAAUGUUAAUGUAAGGUGUGUUAAGUUAAUUGGCUUGGUGUAUGUGUACAAUUGUCCCUAGUGUGUGUAGGAUAGUGUUAAUGUGCGGGGAUCGCUGGCGGGCGCGGACUCGGUGGGCCGAAGGGCCUGUUUCCGCGCUGUAUCUCAUAACCAAACUAAACCUCCACCUACUUACCUCCCAAAUUCUCUUUCCAAACGAGAGUCUCGACGUGUGACGUUAGGCCUUGGCGGCAGCUCACGAGCGCAGCGUUGACGGUGGAUGUGUGUACUUCCGUCAAACCCGAAUUCCUCCACAUGGGGUCAAGUUCAUUGGAUUGAACCUGACGUGAUACAGGAAGACAUUAGAUCGAGCUUUCGCCAUUGUAGUUGUGUAGGUUUUGGAUUUAAUAUUGUUGAAAGAUACAGCGUGGAAUAUUGCAGGGAUUAGUUUAGUUUAGAGAUACAGAAUGGAAACGGGCCCUUUGGCCCUCCAAGUCCACGCCGACCAUUCACCCGUUCACACUAGUUCUAUGUUAUCCCACUUUUAUCGUCCACUCCCUACACGCAAGGAGCAAUUUACAGUGGGCCAAUUAACCUACAAACCUGCAAGUCUUUGGGAAGAAACUUGAGCACCUGUAGGAAACCCACGUGGUCACAGGGAGAGCGUGCAAACUCCACACGGCCGACACCCAAGGUCAGGAUCGAAGUUGUGUCUCAGGCACUGUGAGGCAACAGCUUUACCAGCCGCACCACCGUGCCGCCCAUGGUAUGGUGUGGUUAUUGCAGUUUCUUCAUCCACAAUGUUCCCCUCGUUACUAGGCGGGGUGUGGAAGAGUUCUAGUACCCAGCUGAGGAUCAAAAGCAAGCGAUAGGCUUUCUUCCCCAAGUUGAUGAGUUUCAUCGGAGGUGGUUAACUAUUUCACCCUCGCGGAAGUCAUCAUUGGCUCAUUGUGCACACUCCACACUAGUGGGAAUCGGAGGGAGAAGGAGAGUCGGCGCGGAGUUGUUUCAUCAGGGGCAGUCAUAAAUUCGUUAGUGAUAGGAGCAGAAUUAGGCCAUUCAGCCCAUCAAUACUCCGCCAUUCAAUCAUGGCUGAUCUAUCGUUCCUUCUGAACCCCAUUCUCCCCCCCCCCCCCCCUCUCCAUAACCCCUGACACCCGUACUAGUCAAGAAUUAAAAACAUCCAUUGACUUGGCCUCCACAACCGUGUGUGGCAGAGUAGAUAAGAUUGGGUUGUUGGAGACUGGUCAGCGAUCCCGUAUGUACUCUUGUUCUCUGAUUUCAAACACAGCGCUGAUAUCUACAACAGAUGAGAUUUUGGGAACAGAGUGAAUCCAGGGAUGUGUGGAAUUAGUCCAGGAAAGCAGUGUGCAGGAAGGAACAGCAGAUGCUGGUUUAAACCGAAGAUAUGGCACAAAAAGCUGGAGUAACUCAGCGGGACAGGCAGCAUCUCUGGAGAGGAGGAAUGGGUGACGUUUGGGGUCGAGACCCUUCUUCAGACUUCAGGGACAGUGGUGCCGUGGUACAAGAGUAGCCGUGAUCUUACUGGGGGGUGGCAGGACAGCCACGAGGGGCCGAAUGGCCUGCCAACUCCUGCUUUCUUUCAUAACCGUACACAGGAGUAAUAAAUGCAGCCACACACGCAGCCAGCAAUCGCGGCCGGUACAUUUCAUCACAUGGCUGGGGAGGUUAAUUGUGUGGCGUUUUAACAAGUGUGAAACAGAUGAGGCUUUUCUUUAAAACACAGAGAAUACCGUCACCAUUUCCGCGGCGAAAGCAGACUUGAAUUUUAACGCCCUUGUCCCCCGCCUCAACGGCCUAAAUUUUAGCCUUUUGUGCAAUGUGGAGUUUUAUGGGGAAAAAAAGCCAACAGAUACAGGUUUCAAUGUUUAAAACACAUUCACCGACCUCAUAACGUGCACACUUAUUUUUGCAAAACGAACAGGACUGUGUUUGUUCCAAUGGGGGCAAGUAUUGCCAAGGACUGUGCUACAAGUUUGCGUUUUUUUAAAUUAAAAAAAAUAAGCAAAACAUUUCCGUUCAAACGGCAUAAUUGGUGUUGUCGCCGUCGAUAGUGGACGACAUUUGAUGUUCAUUUAUUAAAUAGGCGCUAGGCUGCUCCCUAAUGUCUUUGUUCAAGACAGACAAAUUACCUUUCUCACAUUGUGGUCAAACUCUGGGGAAUUAAAGCUGAAUGCCUCAGCUAGUUUAAUUAGCCUGAGAGUGGGGGGUUGCAAAUUACUAAUGCACCUCGGGCUUUUAGUGGUUUGAUGAAAGCAGAGAAAUGCACUAAACUGUUAAAAGUUUUUAACCAGUGAGAACUCACGGUAGGACUUUAUUUUGUUUAAUUAAUUGGGCGUUCAGUUAACUCUUUGGUGGGUCCUGGUUAGGUAGAAUUCUGUUUAUUGCGGUAUCUACGAGUGCUGUGUAUACAGGCGUGCUCUGCUGCUAUAAGUAAGAAUAUCAUGGUUCCGUUUCCGGUCCUUACGACAAUUAAAUGCUCUUGACAUGAUUUGGAUAACAAAUAUACGAUAUUGUUUUGUAAGGGUUAAAGGGGACAGUGUUUUUGUUAAUUGUGACGGAAUUUCGCUCCUGCUUUUUACGGGGAGAAGGAUUUUGCAGCAUGCCGCAAUUUCCUUGCCAUAUUAGACUUUAGUUGAGUUUCAACAUACAGUGCGGGAACAAUCCCUUCGUCCCAAUGAAUUGCGCGCCGACCAUCGAUCCUAUUAGUCAUGUG